UGUUUUUGUUUCUGAUUUAAAGUUAUGAUACAGAUAGUUUUUAAUAUCUUAAAUGUUAAGUUACUGUGGUGAAAGUGUCGUGUAUUAAGUAAAUUCAUAUCGAACUUUUAAAAAUGUAUCGUGUAUCGAUUACAAAUAAAAUGCCUCGUGCAUUCUACAAGACCCACAGGACAUUGACGUCCAACAACAUUAGGAAUUCUUUUAUUGAAUACUUUUGUAAAAACCACGGGCAUAAGUUUAUAAAGUCUAGUUCUGUGGUGCCAUUAUGUGACCCCACAGUACCCUUUGUUAACGCCGGAAUGAAUCAGUUCAAAGGAGUAUUCCUGGGUGUGGUAGAGCCUCCAUGCGCAAGGGCAGUCAACUCACAGAAGUGUGUGAGAGUUGGGGGCAAGCACAAUGACCUGGAGUUGGUGGGGAUGGAUGGCCAUCAUCACACUUUCUUUGAGAUGUUGGGGAACUGGUCCUUUGGCGACUAUUAUAAGAAAGAAGCAUGUCAAAUGGCCUGGGACCUGCUACUGGGUCCAUUUCGCCUGAAACCUGAAGACCUGCUGGUGACAUACUUUGGUGGAGAUGUUGUUAUAGGUUUGCAAGAGGACAGAGACUGCAGAGACAUUUGGAGAUCACUUGGGGUGCCAGCGAGCAGGCUGCAGGCGCGGGGGGCCGCAGACAAUUUCUGGGAGAUGGGAGCGACAGGGCCGUGCGGGGCCUGCACUGAGCUCCACUAUGUGGGAACAGACGGCAGCCUCACUGAGAUAUGGAAUCUCGUCUUUAUUGAUUGUAACAGAGAAGGCGAUGGUUCAGUGAAGCGACUGCGGCGGCAGCACGUGGACACCGGCAUGGGGCUGGAGCGCAUCGCCGCGCUGCUGCAGGGGGUCCACUCCAACUAUGACACUGAUCUCUUCAGGCCAUUAAUGGACGCCAUACACAGGAACAGCAAAGGAGUGCCGGCGUACAGCGGGCGCUAUGGUGCUGACGCAGCACUGGACCAGGCGUACCGGCGGCUGGCGGACCACGCGCGCAUGGUCAGCGUCUGCCUCGCAGAUGACGUCUUCCCCGUAGCCAGUUUGAACCUGAAACAAAUAAUGCGUAAAUCGUUCAAGAUUUGCACGGAUGUCUUCCAAAACCCUCAACUGCUGAACCAGCUGUACUCGGAAGUGGCAUCCAGCCUCGGAGAUACAUAUCCGGAACUGAUCACUAAACAAAACGAUGCCAACCUCAUCAUAGACCACGAGAGAGAGUCGUACGCAAAAUUGCGCGCUGACCUCAAGAAGAAAUGGAAAGGUCUGGUGCAAAAGUAUCCGGAGGUGGAGAGCCUGGCUGACAUUGAGCUGGCCGGUUUCCCAUUGGGAUAUACAGAAUUUAAAGAGAAAAUGUCCAAAAUUAAUUCUGCAACAAUACCUGGAGAAAUAGUAUUUAAGUUAUACGACACUCACGGCUUCCCGGAGAAUGUGAUCGAGAGAAUAGCGAAAUUGAAUAAUUUAGAUAUUGAUAAAAAAGCAUUUUGGAAGCUCCUCACCGAGCACAAAUCUAAACAUAAGACCGCUUUCAAAGAAAGAGCUCAGAAGGGGCUCGCCUUCGAUGACAUCAUCGAUAGGUUGCUAAAGAGUAACAUUAAACGUACAGAUGACACAUACAAAUAUAAUUAUUUGUAUGAAAACAAUGAGGUGCGGUUUGAGCCGCUCCAGUGUGAUCUAGUCGCCAUUGUGAACGAAGACGGCGAAUGGAUCGACUUCCUGGAUCCGUGCGAAACUAGUCCCUAUUAUUUAGUAACCGACAGAACAAAUUUCUUCUGCGAGGAAGGCGGGCAAGAGGCGGAUACGGGUGUCAUAAGAAUUAGUGACGAUGUUUAUAUGAAAGUGGAGAAGGUGUUUAAAGUGCGCGAUUUUGUGUUUCACAAGGGACACUUUGUCGUAAAUAGAAGUGGGGGGAGGUGUUACGUGAGGUGCGGGGCGGGGGCGGGGGCGGGGGCGAGGGCGGAGGUGUGCGGGGCGCGGCGCCUGCGCCUCAUGCAGCACCACACGGCGACGCACUUGCUGCACGCCGCACUGCGCCGCCUGCUGCCGCGCACCGCGCUCUGCCAGACCGGCGCCGCAGUCUCGCCCGCCGGCCUCGCCCUCACCCUCACACUGUACGGCGACAAGCUGACGCAGGAGGUGCUGCUUCACGCCGAGGAACUAGUCAGGGCGGCGAUCCGCAGCGACGCACCGGUGCGAACGCGCGUGGUGGACAGCGUGCGGCUGGCGCAGGAGGGCGGAGCGCUGCGCGUGCCCGGGGAGGCCUACCCCGAGCGCGGCCUCCGCCUCGUCAGCUGCGAGGCCCCCGGGCUCGACUCCCGGGAGCUGUGCUGCGGCACGCACGCGCCGACGGCGGGCCUGCUGCGGGAGUUCUGCGUGACGGCGGUGCGCGGCGCCGGCAGCAACGCGCCCACAGUGCACGCGCUGGCCGGGGACGCCGCACUGCAGGCACACGAGCUGUUCUGUCACACGGAGUACCUGUGCGAGGUGGCGCAGCUGACGGAGGCGGGGCGCGUGCGGCGCGAGGCGGGCGAGGCGCGGCGGCGACUGGCGGCGCUGUGCGGGGCCAAGCCCCUCGCCCGCGCCGCCGCCUGUCUGCAGCGACUGCAGCGGCUCGAGGCGCAGCCCGACACCCGCACACACGCCGACACCGACACCGACACCGACGCCGUGCUGCAACGUUUGGCGGAGGCGGAGGUGGCGGAGGCGGUGUGCGAGGCGCGGCGGGAGGGGCGCACGUUUGCGGUGCACUUCGUCCGCAGCUCGUACCUGCUGAGCGGCGAGGCCACAGCCGCCGCGCUGGCCGCAGCCCCCGCGGCGCCCGCGCUGCCCGCCCUGCCCGCGCUGCUGCUGGCCUGCUCCGCCGGCGUGCUGCGCGCCUCCGCCUCAGUGCCGCAGGAGUACGUGUCGGAGGAGUUCAGCGCGGAGCGGUGGAUGGCGUGCGUGUCGCCGGUGCUGGGCGCGGCGGUGCGCGUGCGGCCCGCGCGAGACCCCGCCCUCUACGCGGAGCUCGCCGCUACCAAGGUGAGUCUGAUCACGUGCGAGCAGCUGGUGCAGGACGCGAUGCGCGUCGCCAUCAGGUUCGCGCAGGCGAACGCGCGCGGCCACGCCCCGGCCCCCGCCCCCGCCUCCGCCCCCGCCCCGCCCGACCAGGACCGACAGCACAACUAG